AUGGAAGUAGUCAUCAUCGGUUCCGGAGUCAUUGGGUUACUGUCCGCCCAGUAUCUGGCGCAAGCAGGCCACCGAGUGACAGUCAUCGCUCGGGACCUACCUGGCGACGAGACACAAGACUGGGCAAGUCCAUGGGCUGGUGCAGGAAUUUUCCCCCAACCCGAUACCAAUGGUCGGGACCUACAGGAGGAGACCUUUAUAGAAUUCUGGGCCCUGGCGCACCGCGACCCCACCAGCGGCGUGCAGGUCGUCAAAACCACCGAGUUCUACGAUGACAGGACAGACGACUCGAGUAUCUGGUACCAGAAGUUAGUGCCAAAAUAUCGACGUAUACCGUCCCAAGAUCUCCCCGAAGGCGCCAAGAUCGGCUUUCAAUACCUGUCCAUGACCGUCAACCCGGCGCGGUACCUCCCAUGGCUGAAGAAAAAGCUAGAUGCGGACGGCGUGCGCUUCAUCCGCAAAGAAGUCCACUCCUUCGACGAAGCCGUGCAAGAGUCCGGAGCGAAAACUGUUGUGAACGCGUCCGGGUUGGGUGCUUUCGAACUCAGUAACGACAAGGAUGUGGUAGCUGUCCGGGGCCAGACGAUGCUUGCGCAGACAGACUUCGAUGAGCUGAUGAUGUGGCAAGGCUCACAGUACACGUACGUGAUCCCGCGGAUGUACACUGGUUGUGUGAUUAUCGGCGGAGUUAGCCAGGAGGGGAAUUUGGAUCGAGCGGUGGAUGAGAACCUGAGAUCGGAUAUCCUGGCAAGAGUGAAGAGGCUCACGGCUGGAGGUCUUGAUGCAGUGGAGUUAAAGGCGCAUGUGAAGAAGGAUAUCGUUGCGUUUCGGCCUGCGAGGAAAGGAGGAUACCGUCUUGAGACGGAGGGAAAUGUGGUGCACGCAUAUGGAUUCGGCGGUUUGGGCUACACAUUCAGCCAUGGAGCAGCUCGCCGAGUCCGGGAUCUCGUUAGCUCCCUGGCACAUAAAGGGGGACGGGAGAGUCGUCUCUAG